CACCUCGAGGCGUAAAAGUGACAAAGAGUCUCUGAUCACGCGCGUGAAGCCCUAGGAAGAAGCAUUUCCAACACACUUGAUUCUCUCUCCCCCUAAUUUCUUUCCCCUUCUCUGUAGCGAUUCUUCUCUGUUACCUAAAACUGAUAAUUCUCAUAUCUUCAUUUCUGUUAUUUAAACCCCUUUUUUAUCUCGAUUCUCGUCUUAUCCAGUCAGUAUGUAUGUUUCUUUAGAUCUAUCUAUCAUCUUUUGAAGUGGGUUUGAGUCUUUAUACACCAUAUUUGACUCACUGGUUCUAAAAAAGGAUUGGAAAUGAAGUUCGGUUACGGGUUCAGAUCGAGGUCAUUGAGGGUUGUUCAAGACUGUUUUGUGGCGGCAUCUGAACCGGCAGAGGUUGAGACAGAUGCGAUGAGUCAAAGUUGUUGGUCCAACAUGCCGCCAGAAUUGUUGAGGGAGGUUUUGAUAAGGAUUGAGGAAUCGGAAAACAGAUGGCCGUUUCGAAAUAGUGUCGUUGCUUGUGCCGGAGUUUGUCGGAGUUGGAGAGAGAUUAUGAAGGAGAUCGUCAAGAUUCCUGAAGUUUCCGGCAAACUCACUUUUCCUAUUUCGAUUAAACAGCCUGGUCCAAGAGGGCAUCUUCUUCAGUGUUUCAUUCGAAGGAAUCGACCUACACAGACAUACCAUCUUUACCUGAAUUUAACUCAUGCUUUAGCAGAUGAUGGUAAGUUUCUUCUUGCUGCUCAAAAAAGUAGGCAUGCUACCUGCACUGACUAUACGAUCUCGUUAAACAAUGACGAUAUUUCUCGAGGCAGCAGGACAUAUGUUGGAAAACUAAGAGCAAAUUUUCUGGGAACCAAGUUCACAGUAUAUGAUGGUUGUCCCCCUCAUACUGGAGCCAAAUUGACCAAGAGCCACUCAACUAGGGUUUUUGGCUCGAAACAAGUGUCCCCUAGAGUGCCUUCGGGAAAUUACCCUGUUUCUCAUAUCUCAUAUGAGUUGAAUAUGUUGGGAUCCAGGGGUCCAAGAAGAAUGAACUGUAUCAUGGACGCUAUACCCGUCUCAGCAAUUGGACCAGGUGGUGUGGCUCCAACACAAACAGAGUUCACUCGCACCAACAAUGACUUAUUUCCUUCUGUCCCAUUUUUCCGAUCAAAAUCAAAAAGUGCAGUAACAACAGAUUCGUCUUCUUUGAGGAGUCCCUUGUUUGUUCCUGGGGAAGGACCACUGGUUCUGAGAAACAAGUCACCCAGAUGGCACGAACAGCUUCAAUGCUGGUGCUUGAACUUUCAUGGGCGGGUAACAGUUGCUUCGGUUAAAAACUUUCAAUUGGUAGCAUCAGCAGCAUCAGCUAAUUCAGAGGAUGGGCAUACUAGCGGGUCUGAACAGGAAGUGGUUAUUCUCCAGUUUGGGAAAGUAGGGAAGGAUUUAUUUACGAUGGAUUAUAGAUAUCCAAUUUCAGCAUUUCAGGCAUUUGCUAUAUGCCUGAGUAGUUUUGACACGAAGAUUGCUUGCGAAUAGGUUCUUUCUCAACUUACAGGUCUUCAUGGUUCAAACGAGAGGUGGAGAAAGCCGAAAGGAGCUUGUUCUGUUGUUGUACUAUGGAGUUUGCUGCUUUUUUAUAUUAUAUGGUUGAUUGUUUUUGUAUUUGUACAUAAAAUGUUUGUGUUUUUAUUUGUGCCUUAUCUUCGAAAUGGGAAAACUAAUACUAUCAUGCGAAACUAAGUUCUUAGAGGACUUUGUAUUUUAUGGAAUGAACCUUCACUAGAUCUUAAUUGUUUAUUUUUAUUUUUAUUUUCCUA